UUUCCAAAUCGAAGGUUGGAGACAGACACUUGCACAGAUAAGAAUAGAAAGGAAAGAGGGAGGAGGGAGAGACAAAAAUUAAUAUUAAAAACAGUGAGAGAAACAAUUAGAUAGAGAGAGAAUCGAAAGGCUUAAAAGUUCUACUCUGGUACUGGCUAUUAGGGCUUCCUAUUAAUCUUUAUGAACCUUAAUAUCUCCCGCCUUGGUUGAUAGAUUGAUUUGCUUUAUCUAUCUCUCUCUCCGGUGUUAAAAACCCUAAUUUUUGCGCUUUAAGUUGAUUACUUUGAUUGCGACUUCUGUUCAAUUUGCUUGGGUGCGAAUUUGAAUCGGGGGGAGAGAGGAGCUACGAUGGGCGCGCAAGAGAAGUCUCAAGCGAACGCCAGUUCGAUGCAGCGAGUGAAGGUAUAUCGUUUGAAUGAUGAUGGUAAAUGGGAUGACCAAGGUACUGGGCAUGUAACUGUUGACUAUUUGGAGAGAUCAGAAGAGUUGGGUUUGUUUGUUAUUGAUGAAGAAGAUAAUGAGACAAUACUUUUGCACCGCAUCAGCCCAGACGAAAUUUACAGAAAGCAAGAAGACACAAUUAUCUCGUGGAGAGACCCAGAAUUCUCCACAGAAUUGGCUCUUAGCUUCCAAGAAACUACAGGGUGCUCAUACAUAUGGGACAGCAUCUGUAAUGUGCAGAGGAAUCUUAAUUUCAGUUCUCUAAACAGUGAGACAUUUCAUAGCGUGAACAGUGAAUUGAGGGAAUUGCCAAAUGUUGAGCUUUCCACACUUCCAUUAAUACUUAAGACUGUGACAGAGAGUGGCAUUGCAGAUCAACUGCGGCUGACGGAACUUUUACUGAGCGAUCAAGAUUUCUUCCAGAAGCUGAUGGAUCUUUUUCGAAUAUGUGAAGACUUGGAAAAUGUUGAUGGCCUUCAUAUGAUAUUCAAAAUAGUCAAAGAGAUCAUUAUGCUCAAUAGUUCUCAGAUCUUUGAGAAAAUUUUUGGGGAUGAGUUGAUCAUGGAUAUUAUUGGUUCCCUUGAGUAUGAUCCUGAGGUUCCUCAUGUUCAACAUCAUCGAAAUUUUUUAAAAGAUCAUGUUGUUUUCAAGGAGGCCAUUCCAAUAAAAGAUUCCCUGGUCCUUUCAAAGAUACACCAGACUUACAGAAUUGGUUAUUUAAAGGAUGUUGUUUUGGCUAGAGUGUUGGAUGAAUCGACCAUUGCGAAUCUCAAUUCAAUAAUUCAUGGGAAUAAUGCCAUUGUUGUCUCCUUGUUAAAGGAUGACAACACCUUCAUUCAGGAACUAUUUGCUACACUGAGGUCACCUGCCACCUCUGCAGAAUCCAAGAAAAAUUUGGUAUAUUUCUUGCUUGAGUUUUGUAGUUUAAGCAAGAGCCUGCAAAUGGUCCAGCAGCUCCGGCUAUUUAGGGAUCUCAUGAAUGAAGGUAUCUUUGACAUAAUCGCUGAUGCUUUGCAAAGUCAAGAUAAAAAGCUUGUAUUAACUGGGACAGAUAUCCUCAUUUUGUUCCUGAAUCAGGAUCCAAACCUUUUGCGUUCUUAUGUUGUUCGGCCAGAAGGAGUUCCACUUCUAGGACUCCUGGUUAAAGGAAUGCUAACAGAUUUUGGGGAUGACAUGCACUGCCAGUUUCUAGAAAUUCUUCGUAGUUUAAUGGAUUCAUACACAUUGUCAGGAGCUCAGAGGGAUACCAUUAUUGAUAUCUUUUAUGAGAAGCAUUUGGGUCAAUUAAUUGAUGUUAUAACAGCAUCAUGUCUCCCCAAAGGUGCUGCUCAAUCAGUUGGUGGCGAAUCUGUGGUUGGUGGAGUAGAAAUUGAAAGCACAAGGCCUGAAAUACUCUCAAAUAUAUGUGAACUGCUAUGCUUUUGUGUUCUGCACCAUCCUUACAGAAUAAAGUGUAAUUUUCUUCUUAAUAACGUUAUAGAUAAAGUUUUGUUACUAACACGGAGAAGGGAAAAAUAUCUAGUUGUUGCCGCUGUUCGAUUUGUUCGUACAAUUCUUUCUCGCCAUGAUGAACAUCUGAUAAAUCAUAUUGUAAAGAAUAAUAUUCUUAAACCAAUUGUGGAUGUUUUUGUUGCAAAUGGCAAUCGUUAUAAUCUGCUGAACUCUGCAGUUUUGGAGCUCUUUGAGUACAUCCGCAAGGAAAAUCUAAAGUCAUUGCUUAAAUACAUUGUUGAUUCAUUCUGGAAUCAGUUGGUUAAUUUUGAGUAUUUGGCUUCUAUUUGUUCUUUCAAAGUUAAAUAUGAGCAGGUAUUUUCCAUUCCCUGCAUGUUUUCCACCAGUUUACUUCAGAUUAAGAUUCUUUGCCCUUACAAGUUUUGUUUUCAGUGCUUGGAAAAUAGUGGAACCAAAAGUAAUGUUAAUUCACUGGACUCAAGAAAACGAGGUGAUGAGCGUGCCCUGGAGAAAGAAGAGGAAGAUUACUUUAAUGAAGACAGUGACGAAGAGGAUACAGCAUCUGCCUCUCACACCCAGAGAACUCAGGCUCAGCCAGUUUUAACCAAUGGAGUAGCUGCAAGCUACACAUCAUUAAGUCCAAGAUCUGGUGGACUUGUUGACUAUGAUGAUGAUGAAGAUGAUGAAGACUACAGACCACCUCCUAGAAAACAAUCAGAAGCUUCAGAGGAAGAUGAAGGAAUAAUGGCAUCUCUCAGGUUGAAGCGUAAAUUGUCUGUUCCCAAGGAAAAGGAGCCUGAACUAGUGAAGAAGCAGCGGUUGGGUAAAACCUCAAAGCCAAGAGAUAGCGUUGUAUUUGCUGCUUUGUGUUCAACACUAAGCCAGGCAGUGCGACCUGGCAAGAAAGCUGCAAGAAGCACGCAAUUAAGUCCUCAUACAACUGAUGGGAGCAAGGGCAUCGGUGAACAGGAACCGGCUUCUAAUUCUCUGAAUAGAGAUAACAGUGGCAGUUCAGACGAGGAAAAUUAUAGAGAAAGGGAGUCCACUGCUUCAAGGAGUUGUUCGGAUUGCCUGCAUACCAGUUCAGAUAAUCGACAGCUAAGCAGUGAUGACUGCCCUUUGAUACCACCAAAAUCCUCUCCAGAAAUGGCUGUAAAUGGAUCUUAAGUUAUUUUUUGGAAAUUUUCUUGUCCUUUUUGUUAUCGAACCAAUGAUAGUUGAAGAGCUGGGCAACUGAAGAAAUGGCGUGCUUUAGAAGAGAGUGGGUGAAAGUGGUUUUGGGGUUGAAUGGAAAGUAGAUGAGUAUACUUAUAUAUUGGUACCAAAGGGCCUAAGGAAUUCAAUGCUGGUGAUGUGAUAUAGGCCCAGUCUUCCCCGUUUGCUGGAAAGAUUUAUAUAUAGCUUUGAUUUUCUUUGUUUUAUUUAAUCUAUUCUUCUUUUAGGUAUGUGAUUAUGAUAGAAAAGGGCAUCAAAUAUGCCCUUCAUAGUGUUCCUUUUUUGUCAGUUUUGUGGUGGUUGUGGGUGAUAUAGAGUUGAGGAAGGUUAGGAAGGAAGGCCAAAUUUUCACUUGUAGAAGAACAAGAAACCUCAUUUAUAGACCCCUUUGUAAAUUAAAACUUGGUAUCGGGCGACGUACUUUCCAAGGCUUUUGUGCUAUUGCUAUAUUUCAUAAGCAAAAUUAAAAUCUGUUCACUCUUAAA